AUGUCUGCUGCUGCUAAGAUCCUUCACGACAACGCCACCGAGCUCGAGCUCCAGGUUGGCCAGGCCCUCAUUGAUCUUGAGAACUCUGCUCCUGAGCAGAAGUCUUCUCUCAGACUCAUCCAGCUCAAGUCCGUUCGUGAGCUUGAGGUUAGCGGAGGCAAGAAGGCUAUUGUCAUUUUCGUUUCCCCUCCCCUUCUCCCCAUUGUCCACAAGGUCCAGCAGCGACUGACCCGUGAGCUCGAGAAGAAGUUCUCUGACCGUCACGUUGUCUUCAUUGCUGAGCGCACCAUCCUUCCUAAGCCCAGCCGCAAGGCCAAGCCUGGUCAAAAGCGCCCUCACACCAGAACCUUGACUGCCGUCCACGACGCCAUUCUCGAGGAUCUUGUUUUCCCCAGCGAGAUUGUUGGCAAGCGUGUCAGAUACCAGAUUGGUGGCAACAAGCUCCAGAAGGUUAUUCUCGACAACAAGGACUCUGCUGUCAUUGACUACAAGCUCGAGUCUUUCCAGUCUGUUUACAACAAGCUUACUGGUAAGAAGGUUGUCUUCGAGAUCCCUGCUGCCCAGGGCGAGGUCUACUAA